ACCACACGCUGCCGCGACAAUGCCGGGUGAGAAGGUCCCGCUUUGCGCCCUACUGCUGCUCCUCGGCGCGGCGGCCGGCGCCGAGGGCGGCCAUGUCUUGGUGUGGUAUACCGAGGCCAGCCACUGGAUCAACAUGAAGCCGGUUCUGGGGGCGCUGGUGGAGCGCGGGCACCACGUGACAGUCAUGCUUCCCAGCGCUUCACUUUUCAUGAAGGCCAGUGAGAAGUCCAGCUUCCACUACCUGCCUUUCAACGUCUCCAUCUCGUUGGAGGAAAUCGAGAACUUCAUGGAGGAUUUCCUCGCGUUCUCCAUUUACGAGAUGGACUACAUGAACUACUUUGAGAUCUACGCCAAAUUCCUGACCAUGAUGAAGCAGGAUCUGGAGUACGCAUUGAAGUAUUUAGACGGCGUGGUGAAGUCGGACAACAUCAUGAAUAAGCUGAAGGAGGGCAAGUACGAUCUGCUCCUGGCGGACCCCAUCUACGCGGGCAGCGAACUGGUCGCCGAGAUACUGGACAUCCCACUGGUCUACUCGUUGCGCUUCUCCAUGGUGUACAACUUUGAGCGCUACUGCGGCCAGAUGCCCGCCCCGCCAUCUUUCGUGCCGGCCAUCAUGAGUAAACUGACCGACAAGAUGAGCUUCUCGGAGAGAAUGUGGAACUUCCUCUUCUAUGCCUUGAAUGAUGUCAUGGUUGAAUUAACCCUUUGGUCAGGAGUGGAUAAAUACUACACGGAGUUCAAAGGCAAGCCCACCAGUGGCUGCGAAUUAAUGGGGAAGGCAGACAUCUGGCUGAUAAGAUCUUACUGGGAUUUCGACUAUCCUCGUCCUUCCAUGCCCAACUUCAAGUUUGUUGGCGGGAUCCACUGCAAGCCCGCCAAACCUUUACCCAAGGACAUGGAAGAGUUUGUGCAGAGUUCAGGCGACGACGGCAUUGUAGUCUUCACUCUGGGAUCCAUGGUCAAGAACGUCAGCAGCGAGAAAGCCGACAUGAUCGCUUCAGGCCUUGCUCAAAUCCCCCAGAAGGUUCUUUGGCGUUAUAGCGGAGCAAAACCAUCUACUUUGGGCCCAAACACAAGACUGUACGACUGGAUCCCUCAGAAUGACCUGCUGGGUCAUCCCAAGACGCGAGCCUUCAUCACUCACGGCGGCACCAACGGCAUUUACGAGGCCAUCUACCACGGGGUGCCCAUGGUGGGCAUUCCCAUGUUUGCUGACCAGCCCGACAACAUGGUGCACAUGACGACCAAAGGCGCCGCCGUCACUGUGGACUUCAACUUCAUGUCAUCGGAUGACCUCAGCCGCUCCAUCAGGACCGUCAUCGAUGACAAGUCGUACAAGGAGAACGCCAUGCGUCUGUCCGUCAUCCACCACGACCGACCCAUGAGCGCCCUGGACGAGGCCGUGUUCUGGAUCGAGUUCACCAUGCGACAUAAGGGCGCCAAGCACCUCAGGGUACAAGCCCACGAGCUCACCUGGUACCAGUACCACAGCCUAGACGUGGUUGGGUUCCUGCUCGCCGUCGUCCUGCUGGCGUUGCUCCUGUUUGUCCAGACGUGCCGGUGUUGCCUGCGUCGGUGCUGCGGUCGGAAAAGGAAGACAAAGAAGAAGGCUGAGUAAUGGAAAUAGCAGAUUUCGGACGAUGACUUUAUGCGUUUUAUACUCACCAGGGUGCAACAUUAGACGUAGGUUGUGUAACACAAAAGCUAGAAAAAAAAAAAAGGGGGGACAAAAUAUUACAAACAUCUGUCUGGUCCAAUAAUGGUGAUACUUUGUCUUUACAAGUUACGAGUCAUCACUCAGCCAAACCAUCAUUUUGCUGCAAAUUUAAAUUUCUGGCUUAUGUGACACAGACGGUGUACCUAAUGUUGUGGGGUGAAAACCGAUCAAUGGUUAACCAAGUAGAACUGACUCGCGGCAUUGGAACAAAUUUUAAUAUGCUUGAAAAUCAAAACAUAAUACCUGAUGUGCAGAAACUGGAACCAAUCACAAAAGAUACGAGCAUGGCCAUUUUCAUUGGACCACCUGAGGUUCAUUCAAAGCUGGCAGUUCAUUGGCUGACUCAAAAUGAAAACAAAACAAAACUGAUGUCAUUGUUUUUAUUUAGACAAUGAAACCCAAUCCUUACCCUACUCCAGGGAUGUUUUAUUUCUUAGUUACUAAGUGCAAUUUUAGUGUAUGAGAACACAAAC